AUGGCGCAGCAGUGCCAGUUCGACGAGUCCUGCUCGACCGGCUCCAGCCACUACCGCAAGGUCAUCUCCCACAUCUUCGGGAGAAACAAGAAGUGCACCGUCAACGUCCCGGACUCGGUCUGGAUAUACUACUGCCGCAAGCACUACCAGCGCGCCCGCUACCGCAACGACGAGUGGCCCUUCACCCAGUGCAGGCUCGCCAUCGACACCAUCCGCAACAUGCGCGCCUGGGGCGGCGUCGAGAGCUUCGACCUCGCCCUCCGCCGCCGGGAGACCAUCGCCGGCCAGACUGCUACUUCUACAUCGACUUCUACUGCUACAUCUACAUCUGCUACAUCGACUUCUACUGCUACAUCGACUUCUGCUGCUACAUCGACUUCUACAAAGAGGUCGCCAAAGAGCAUCCCGCGCCCGGUUCCGGCCUGGCUGCACGGCUGCGUGGGGAGCAGCAAGUCCUUUGACGAGAUCCUCCGGGUCCUCAACGACCUGCGCGCCUACUUCCUCGAACUCACGGCCGCCAACCAGGAGGCCUUCUUCCCCGACAUCGAGAUCCUGCCCAACCUGCGUCGUCAGUCGUCAAAGUCGUCGCAGCAGCCACGGCUGCCCGCUUCCAGGAAGGGUGCCGUAGGCUCUCGCGUCACGAGCAAAGGGGCAGUCGCCAAGGUGGAGAAGUGA